UGGAAAAAUAUUCUCAGAGAAUCAUGGCUGCGGGGAAAUUCGCAAGCCUUCCCAGAAACAUGUCGGUGAAUCACCAGUUUCCUCUGGCCUCGUCCAUGGACCUUCUGAGCAGCAAGUCUCCUCUCGCCGAUCACCGCACAGAUGCCUAUCAGGACGUGUCUAUACACGGCACCCUUCCACGGAAGAAGAAAGGCCCUCCUCCCAUCAGGUCCUGUGAUAGCUUCAGUCACGCGGGCACCCUGCCCCAUUCCAAAUCCCCACGGCAGAACACACCUCUGACCCAGGACAUCAUCCAGGAGCACCCACGGCAGGACUGGAAAGGCGAAGUCUUCACCUCCAGCAGACACAUCCCCAGGGCUCCCCUCCCUGCGGCCUGUCAGCAGCAUGGAGAUUGUGUUCCUAAGGACACUAUGGAUACCAGAGGUGAAUGGACAGCUGCGGUUGGCAUUCAGGCUUUUGCCUGUGGGGUGACGGCUGCUUUUGCAAGGUUUUGGGGAGCAGCCACCUGGAGGCGGGUGCCUGCCCUGGAAGACAGAUCUAAGGGAUCAGCAACUUCUGGACCCAACUCUGGAAUAUGUGAAGCACCAGCGAAGACCAUCAGGCGUGCUAUUUUUUCCAUCCCCACUCCUGCCCCCACAAGCUACAGCUAUAUCCAUAUCCAUGACCUCCGCUUCCUUCCUCCAGCCUCCAAGGAUGAAGUGUCCCUCUCCCUCACCAAGGCGGGACCUGCAUCUGUGCCCAUGACCACCCUCUUCUCAGACUCCUCAGGGAUCAUCAGUCCUUCUUGACCAACACUUUCCUCU